UGGUGAUUUAUUCUUUAUUCAAAUUCAGCAUCAACAACACUUGUCAAUGAUUCCUCCCAGUUGUCUCCACAACAUCUAGAGAGAGGAACAAAUACUCUUCCUUUUCCCCCAUACACCUGUACAUACAAUUCUAGAGAGAGAAACUAAGCACCGCAAGAACAGAUGCUGUGGUGGAAAUGGGGAAAGUCGAUAAUCAACGACUACCAGUUGUUCAGCAGCAACGGCGGCAACAGUCUCAGAACCCCAUUUCUAGAACCUUCUUCGGCCGUAGAUGUUCGGUGGUCCUUUCUAGAAUCUUCCAAGAGUUUAAUUUCAAAUGUUUUCUGGUUUUGAUAGUUAGCGUAGCGAUUUUUCUUUCCGCCGUGUUUUGGGUUCUUCCUCUUCGCAAUGGAAAAAUUGGGUUUGAAGCUAAAAACUCCAUCAAGCUCAGUGCCACUGUUCAAGCAUACUUCACACUAUGCAGACCAGUUUCAGAGCUUGUUCCAUACAUUUCAAGACUAGAAUAUGAUAUCAAUGAAGAGAUUGGUGUCCUUUCCUCGAAGGUGGUUGUUCUAUCCAUGCAUCAGGCGACUGUAUCAAACUGGACUAACGUGGUGUUUGGCUUCCUUUCCGAUCCAAUGAAUACUUCAAUUAAUCCUGUGUCAUUGAGUGUGCUAAAGUUAUCCUUAAUUGAGCUGUUUCUUCAACAAUGCAAUCUAACACUGACCACCCCAAUUUUUGGAAAGCCAUCUUCAUUUGAGAUUUUGAAAUUUCCGCAUGGAAUCACCAUGGUCCCUGAGCGAUCUGUUCCGAUUAUGCAGAUACCUCAGGUCCUCUUUAACUUCACUCUCAAUAGCUCGAUUUUUGAAAUAAAGGAAAAUCUUCUUGAACUGAAGGAACAGCUUAAAUUGGGAUUGCAUCUGAGGCCCGAAGAGAAUGUGUAUAUUCAGGUGACAAACAAGAUUGGCUCGACAAAAGAUCCUCCAGUUACUGUUCAAGCUUCAGUGGUACCAGAUCUAGGGAGCCUACAACCUGAGAGAUUGAAACAAUUGGCUGAAACAAUUAGUGGUUCUGAUCCCUCAAUGAAUCUUGGCCUUGAUCAUACUGUCUUCGGCAAAGUCAAGGAAAUCAGCCUUUCUGCCUUUCUAAACCAUUCCCUUUGUGCACCAACUCCAACUCCAACUCCAACUCCAGCUCCAUCUCUAUCUCCAGAGCAAAGUUACAAUGCGGUGCCAACUCUGUCUCCAUCUUAUUCUCCAGCUUUCCCACCGAACAUUCGUCUGUCACCACCACCCUGCCCUAAAUGUUAUGCCUCUGCACCAUCUGAUCCAAGCCAGACUUCUGCCCCUAGACCACAAAUUGACCGAUACCAUUUGUUAUCUCCCAUUUCCAAUUCUCCUGCACCUGCGUUAGCAGCCACGGAUCCACCAAGCCCUUCAACAUCUCACUCUAAUCAAAUGAUUCCAUAUUUAUCACCUCGUGCUGCUGUUCAGCCACCCCUCAGAGGUCCCACACAACAGAUUUAUACAAGCCUUUCUUUGCCUCCAAGCAAAGCUUUUGAUGAUGGUCAGGAGGAAACGAUUAGGACAGGUUUGGUAUCUCCUCCACAUGAUUUGCUGCAUUCCUCAUCAUCUUUUGCGGUAGGCUCUUUGUGCAGGAGGAUCCAGUGGUUUCACUUAUUUGGAAUGAUCACAUUCUCUCUUCUCUUUUGGAUAUCGUGAGAUGUCUUUUGCACAUAAUCCGCACAUGUUUGAUAGCUGCUCACAGUUUUGCCAGUUGAGGAGUCGAGUGGGUAUGAUAAGCACACAAGUGUACAUGAAGUAGGAAAGUUGCAGGUCGAAACCAAAAGGUGGAAGGCCUAAUAUUGCAUGAUAUCCUAUGGGAUGUGUCUUCCCAAAGGGAAUGACUUCUCAAUACAACUGACCAUCCAAUAGUGCUUCCUUGCAGUUUUCAGAAAAAAAUCAAAUGUAAGACUUGCGGGUUCUUUCUGAACGUUUGCAAGGAGGAUAAUCUAUACAUGUUAACAAAGAGAUUUAACUCGUGGAAAUAUGUUUAGUUUUCAUAAAGAAGAAUUACAAUAUGCAGUAUUUUGGU